CGACAAUCAAACACAUCUCAAGUAUGACAAACCUUACCGAAGGUCUAAAAGUGGAUGAAAAGAGCAAAGAUGCAUCGAUAAUUUUUAAGGAAACACAAUCAAUGCCAGAGAAUAAUAAUGAUGCUAAAAGGAGGAAAAAAAGAAUUCGAUGACAACAGAAAGAGACCAAUGGUCAGGUCCAUUCGAUUUUAUCAUGUCAAUGAUCGCAUAUGCUGUUGGACUGGGCAAUGUGUGGAGAUUUCCAUAUUUAUGCUUUAAAAAUGGUGGUGGUUCAUUCCUGGUUGUUUACAUAAUAUUUUUUUCACUUGGCGCAAUACCUGUCUUUAUUAUGGAAAUUACAAUAGGACAAUAUGCACAACGUGGCGCUAUGGAAAUUUGGAAUUUAUGCCCAUUAUUUAAAGGCGUUGGUAUCGGCAAUGUUAUGAUUGCAUUUAUGUGCAUCGCAUAUUUUUGUGUCAUAUCAAGCUGGUCCAUCUUUUAUAUGAUUAAUUCGCUGUCAUUUGUCUUUCCAUGGGAAACAUGCAAUAAUUGGUGGAAUGAUAAAACAUGUAUAACUGGACGUGAAAAUGCAACAGUAAUAUCUGGACUUAUUGCAAAUUUGUCCAAAUAUAAUUUAACUACUGAAACAAGUGUUGAACAAUACUGGGAACGACGAGUGCUGAUGCAAACAAAUUCGAUAUCAGACAUUGGUGGAAUUCAAUGGGAACUUCUCGGAAUAAUGACACUGUCAUGGAUUGUCGUGUAUUUCGCACUUUGGAAAGGCAUAACACGUGCUCGCAAGUUUGUGUAUUUUUGCGCGUUAUCACCGUAUUUCAUGCUGGUAAUUUUGCUCGUUCGUGGCUUAACAUUACCGGGCGCUGAAAUUGGCAUACAUUUUUACCUGACACCAAAUGCGACAAAAUUAUGGGACAUCACAGUAUGGAAAGAUGCUGGCACUCAGGUAUUUUAUUCGUAUGGAGUAGGAUUUGGCACAUUGAUUGCAUUAGGAUCGCAUAAUAAAAAAACUCAUAAUUGUUUCAGAGAUGGAUUUAUUAUGUGUUUUAUAAAUGGAUCAACAAGUUUAAUUGCUGGUUUCGUUGUUUUUUCCAUCCUUGGUUAUAUGUCAGUUCUUGUUGGUAAAGAUAUUGGUGAUAUUGUUAAACCAGGACCAGGUUUAGCAUUCUUAGCAUAUCCUGAAGUAGCCAGUAAUCUUCCUCUUAAACAACUUUGGUCGAUGUUGUUCUUUUUGAUGAUUACAAUUCUUGGCCUUGAUAGUCAGAUUUGUAUGGUAGAAGGUUUAUACACUGCUCUUGAAGAUGCUUUCCCACAUUUUUUGCGCAAAUAUAAAAAAACAUCACUUGCUCUAACCUGUCUAUUCUUCUUCAUUCUUGGUAUCCCAAUGGUUACUUAUGCUGGCUCAUAUUGGUUGACGUUAUUUGAUGCAUACGGUGCUAGUGGUAUUGCAUUAUUAUUUGUUGUAUUUUUUGAAGUUACUGGACUUUCAUGGGGAUUUGGAGCAAAUAAAGUAAGUGAUGCUUUAAAAGAAAUGAUUGGUGUAGAACUUUGGGCAUGUUGGAUUAUUGUUUGGAAAUUCAUUACACCAUUUGUUAUUGCUGCUUUAUUCUUUGUCUGUAUUUACAAAUAUCAACCGUUAAAGUAUCCCACCGGAGAAGAUUUUCCGGUUUGGGCAGAAAUAUUUGGAUUUUUUUUAUCAUCUUGUUCUAUGAUUGUUAUACCAGGAUAUGCAAUCUAUCAUCUUUUUUCCAUCAAUGUCAACAGUACCGCCAAAGAACGUUUACCACAUGGUUUACAUCCACCAUCUGAUUUCGAAACCGGAUUGCCACCAACACUUGGCUUUGAACAACAUAAUGCUGACAUGGAAUACAUUGAUUGUGAUUGUGUCAAGUAAUUAUAAUUUACCACAAAAUCAUACAAUAUUUUGCAA